UUCAACUCAAACGGGUUUCAGCUGUUCGGUGGGGAGGACGGUUAUUUUGGUUUUAUGAAGUCUUAUUUGUGUUUUGACUUUUGUUUUCUUUUCCUGCAUUUCAUCUGCUGUACACGAAGUGUUACUCUUUCAUAAAUUUAUUCUGUUAGCAAGGUUCGAAACAUUUUUGCUUUUUAUUCGAUACAAGUAACAGAAAAGAAUGGAGCAACCUGUGAAAGAUUUACUCCCAAGUAUUGUUCCUGAUCCUUUGCCAGAUCCUCUGCCAGAAAUAUUCGAUGAUCUUUCCUUUUCUGACAGUUCAGAGUUUUUAGAUGCCGAUGAAGAAACAAGUUUGCGAAAAAGGUUGUUUCCUCAAAUUUUGGAGCGUGGAUUAUUAAAUGAGAAUUUAGUUCCAGAUGUCGAUUCUGAUGAUUUUGGUAGUUUGGAUAUGUCUUUACCUGCACGAGCUGCUGAGCAAGCUGAAAAUAUUGUCAGAAAAGUACUUGAAGAAGCUGAAAAUGCAGAACAGUUGGUCAGAAAGAUUUGGGGUGGUGCAUGGAAGGUAUGCCAUUUUAGUCAUUUGCCAAAAUGGCUUCAAGAUAAUGAUUUUCUGCAUAAAGGACAUCGCCCUCCAUUAAGAUCUUUUAGUGCCUGCUUCCGAUCCAUUUUCAGAAUUCAUACUGAAACCGGCAACAUAUGGACACAUUUACUGGGUUGUCUUCUCUUUGUGGGCAUUGCUGCUUAUUUCCUAUCACGUCCUUCAGUUCUUAUUCCAUGGGAGGAAAAAGCUGUAUUUGCUACUUUCUUUGCAAGUGCCAUUAUAUGCCUUGGUACGUCUUCCAUGUUUCAUACUGUAAGCUGCCAUUCUGAACAUGUUGGAAGACUUUUCAGCAAGCUUGAUUAUUGUGGUAUUGCAGUAUUAAUUAUUGGAUCGUUUGUUCCUUGGCUUUACUAUGGCUUUUAUUGUGACUAUCAGCCCAAAGUGUUUUACUUUGUGCUUGUUAGUGUUCUUGGUGCUGCCUCCAUUAUAGUAUCUAUGUGGGAUAAAUUCAGUGAACCUCAAUUUCGCUGGCUAAGAGCAGGAGUUUUUGCUGGUUUCGGUUUGAGUGGUGUUAUUCCUGCAGUGCAUUACUUAAUAGUUAAAGGCUUUUUUCAAGCUGUUUAUCAUGCAUCUUUUGGAUGGUUAUGUUUAAUGGGUGCACUUUAUCUGCUUGGAGCUGGUUUUUAUGCAUUGAGAGUACCAGAAAGAUUUUUCCCAGGAAAAUGUGACAUUUGGUUUCAUAGUCAUCAAAUAUUCCACGUUCUGGUUAUUGCAGCUGCAUUUGUUCAUUACCAUGGUAUUUCAGAAAUGGCAAUUUAUAGGUUGUCUAUGGGUACAUGUUCUGCAGAAGAUGCUCCUAUUGACUUCGAAUAUUGAACUUUCUUUACUAGUUGAUUGGAAGAGACAUAUUGUUGAAGUUGAAGAUUUCAUUUGCCUUAUUUCCUUGUAUAAAACAUUUGUAAAACUUUUAUAACCAUUUCACUUAUGAAAGUGGGGGAUUUUGACCUAGAGUAUUUUUAUAGCAUGUACGUGAUAUAUACUCGUAGCCUGUCACCACUUAAAGAAUCUGUGAUAGCUUUUUAUCAUACAGUUGUACUUUUAUGGCUAGCAAUUUAAAUAAUCAGAAGUUAUAAUUUAAACAUUCUGGUAAUAUAAGAUGAUAUAUAUAUAAUACUUUGAAAGAAUGGACAAACUUUAAAAACAAAUUUCUCUUAGUCUGUCCAGUUAAAUUACUAAAUCAUAAAUUUGCUAUAAAAUAUUUUUAUAGUUCUGAAUGUUUGUGAACUUUAUGUGAAGUAUUAUUAAUUAUGAGUUACAUGCUUAUUGAUUUUUAAUCUUGCGAUUUAAAAUUAUUUGUUGAAAAAAACACGUGCAUUUAUACCCCCCUCCCCGUCUAUUUCCCAAUGGUGGAGCAUGGUGUUUCCAUUCAGAUUAUUGUUGAUUUUUAUGUUAAAAUCUUUACAUUCCUAAUCAUAUUAUUUAUAAAUAAAGCACAUAAAACCUGCUAUUGAUAUGUUAAGUGUGCCCUGUAAAUAUUUUAUAAGUUUGUAUUGUAUUUAUGAGUUCCAUUAUUGGUUCUGUAUUGUGAAAGAAACUGGCUGUUAGAUUUGUAUUUCGUCGUUUAUUUUACGAGUUUUAAAUAGCAAGAUAUUAAAGGCUGGAUUUUUAUUAAAGUUCUAUCAAAUUUAAAACGUGUGCAAUACUUUCUUUUAUAGCUGAAGUUUUUCCUUAAUCAGAAAGUGUGUUCGACUUGUAUACACAUUAGUCCAUAUCUUAAUUUCCACUAAUAUUAUUCAAUAUAAGAACUCAAUUUCAGUAAGAUGCAAUGCACGUUCAUUUAAUGGUAAAUUUUCUUUGCAAUACCAAUAAACAUUCUAUCAAAAAAAAAUCAACUGGUUUAAAUUCUUUUCUAUAUAAUUCUCCAUACAAUGUAUUGCUUUAUACAAAAUGAUUAUUUUCUCCAAUACAUUUGGGAUUCCCCAUACUUUACUUGUAUAUUGGGAUUUCCCUUUCUUUUAUGUAUUUCGAGCAUUCUCCGAUAACGAUGGCAACCAGAUAAAUAAAACACAAGAACUUUGAAAGACCUUUAGUAAUUUCUGUUUCGUGAGAAUAACUUUAUUUAAGUGUUUUGACACUUACAGCUGUACUCAGUUGAAAAGUUAUAAAACCUGCAUGUCUUUUUGGUAAACAUUUGCCCAAUUUUAUACCAUCUACACCAUUAAUAUUUACAUUUGUUUCUAUGGCAACUGUUAAAUUUUCAGUAACAAUACUUUUUCAACAUGAUUUUUUAUCUAAUAAAAAGGAAAUCUUUUCCCCUUUACUGGGUUUUUCUCGCAAAAUUUAUGAAGGCUAUUUGUAUUCUGUUGGACCUGUGUACAUGUCAUCACUUGAUUUUAAUUGCGCACCGUGUGAGGAUUUUAAAAAAUUCCACAGUUAACUGUUUAAUAAAAGCAGCUUAGUUUGUUUCACGAAGUGUACUUGAAAUUGUGCAACUCUGAUAUUUGUAGCUGCAGUUUUUAUAUUUCAACUCGAACGAUAGGAAAUUGUUUUGACCCUGUUUAUUUGAAAUGUCGCCAGAGUACAAAUAUAAUAUUUAAAUGCUAUGUGUGUAAAAAAAUUAAGCUUAUUAAACAAUUAAGCUGUGUACUAGUAAUUAAUCUAUAAAUGUUAAACAAGUGUUUAUUAAUGUUAUUCUCUUUCAAAGCAAAUGGAGUGUAUGAAGUACGAAUUUUAUCGACAUAUAUUUUCCCAUCUUGCAGUCUUUAUAGUAAUACUUAAAAAUAGUCGUGUGUAGGGUAUCCAUUCUUAUAGUGACGCAGUAGUAACUUUUAAACAUUUAGAGAUAAACACAGUUCCUAUUGAAGAAAUUCUUUAAAUGAUGGAAAGAAUUAUUUAUGUUGAAUCAAAAAUGUUACGCAAUGUAACUUUACAUACAGUUCCCUGGUCCAAUCGAUCAUAUUCAAUAAAAUAUUCCCGACUGUGUAACAACUUAAACAGUUUUUAGAUUUUUUUUUAAUCAUUUUUAUUUCGCCUUUAAUUUGCGUUUCAUAGAACUAUGAAUAUUUUUGUGCUAAAUUUGGCGAAUAUUUUGCUUUUUCUGCACGAGAUUGUAAAACAUUUGAUAUCAGAAAAUUGGUCGAAAAGUACUCGUAAAAAGGAAAGGGGGCGAAAGAAAAGAAUCCGCUUCUAAAUGGAAACCAUAAUUAUGUGUAAUAUAUUGUAACCCAGCUGUUAACAGGCAAAUGAAAAUUCAAAUCCUAUGACGCAAGAUUUCAGCUGCUUUUAACAAUAUGUUCUUAAUUUUUUUUUUUUCAUUUAUAUGGAAAAGUUACUUUCUAUUUAAAACAUGUCAUGGAUGCUAUUUUAAUUCAAGAUGACUCGCAUUUUUUAUUGUUUACAUUUCGGGACUGUACAUCUAGGCAAGAAUGAUAGAACUUAAAUAGUCUUAAUUGUAACUAAUUUUUGAAGUUUAACCGUAAAGUUACUUUUAUUUCAAGUCGACAGAAUCAUCGAUUUAAUUGUAUUUUAAAUAUCAUUUUAUUUUGUAAUAAAAUGAUUUAAUUUUUCUAUCGUAAUUUAUCAAAUGAAACUUAUUAUAUUGUUAUUAGUUAUGUACAAAUUGAAUGUAUAUUUUAUAAUUUUUAAUUAAAUAUAUGUAUAUUUAAUAGAGAGCAGUAGAAAUAACAAUGACAUUUUUAACUUCCAUUUAAACACUUAUUUUGCUAUUUUAAAGACCAUUUUAAAAUGCGACCCAGAUUUAAGUUAAAUUAUAACUCGAUCGAUCAUGAAACGGCGUUUUUAUCGUUUUUUUUUUUUUUUUUUUUUUUUUUGAUUGAUGGGAGCAAAGAAAGUGUUUAAGUUGGAAUUCGUAACUUUUUCAGAAAUUUAUUUAGUGAUUCAAAUUGCCUAAAAUAUAAUUCUUUCUGCCAUUUAGAGGAUUUUUUCAAUUAAAAACUAUGCCUAUAUCUAACGGUUUAAAAUCGGGUAUUGGGCCACAGUAAGAGAACACAUUAUGUAUGUCUAUUUUUUUUUUUUUUUUUUUUCCUCUGAUAAUUUUAACCUAAUUCUAUAGUGAUAGUUUCUAGUGGGAGUUAAAAAAAAAGCUUGUUGUGCUUAUUACUAGACCGAAGUUUCCGUUUCAUUUAAAUAGAUGGUGUUUAUGAUAAUGACAGGAUUUUUCUUUCAUUAUGUUUUUAAUUGCUCAUGGUCUAGGUAGCGUCUUAAGUGUGCCUAUUAGGGGUCGAAGAAUGUUCAAAUCAAUCUAUGAAAGGUUGAAGUCUUUUUGUAUAAAUAGAAAGCUGAACAUAUGUUGUUGAAAAAAAUUAUUUGCUUAGGUACUGGAUUUCUUAAGAUACACUGUAAAAUUUUAAGAAUAGCAGCUGAAAUGUUUCAGCCAUUAACCUUUAACUUUGUAUACAUACAAAUGUUUUACUAAUGCAGAUUGAAUAUUAGUCUUUACUUAAUUUUUGAUAGAACUUGUAAUUGUUGAAGCUCUUGAUUUUAUACUGUGUCGCAUAAUAUAAUUUUUUCUUGGGGGAAAAAUGUUUAACAGCCUAAUAUAGCUUCGUUUUCUUCAUUUUGAUAUUUCAUCUAGGACAAGUUCGUUGUUUAAAAUGAUAUAAAUUAUUGCCAAGUAGAUUCUGGACUUUUUUUUUUAGAUUUAGAACAACUUUAUUUAUGGUGUUUGUAUUAACUGAAUAUCUGAAUUAAAGCCUUUGACUUAUAUAGUGGAAGGAUAGUGUAAUGCUAUCUUUCAAUGGAAUACCAUGUAAAAUCAAAAGUAGUGCUUUACUUUGAACAUAUUCAUUGGUGUGUGUGUGUGUGUGUAUUAAAAAAGCUCUUUUUGAAGAAAGUAUUGGUUUUAUGUUUCUUUAAUGGCUUGCUAUAAUUAACUUUCUUUUUGUUUGUGUUUUUAGUUAAAAAAAUCAUUUCUUAAAUUGUCAUAAUGUGAUUACAAUUCAAAGAUGAACAGAAUAUUUCUUCUGAUGUUAUAAAAUUGAAUUUAGGACCAAUCGUAUAUCCAUUUGUGUGUGUCAUUGUUGGUUAUAUGUGAUGUAGCUUUUAUGCAGUUAAUUGUAAUUUUUAUUGAAGCCGGUGUUUUUCAUAGUUCAGUAAAGAUGUGUCUUGAAUGUAAACAUAUUUCUUUUGAAUAUACUAUAUGCUUAUUUCACUUUAAGUGCAUUUUAUCACAUUACUGUGGUGUUAUGAAGUGUCUUAAUGCUAUUAAUGAAAUAUCUAUUUUUUAAGUUUAGUAUUUCACACAAAGGGCUGUUCAAUAAAUAUUUGAACUUUGUAUCA